AUGUCCUUUAUCCCAUGCAUGAUCCCGCAGCAGCAGCAGCAGCAGCAGCAGCCACACCGUCCUUCUUCAAUGAAACACAAACCUACUUAUGCCACAAUACGUAAGCGGAAGCCUAACAACCAACCUAACUUACUUAACCUCGGAUACGCCCGGCGCAACCGGACAAUUUAUGCAAACCAACCAAUUUCAAUAAUGCAAGUGCCCCAGCCCCGGGCAGCGGUUCACACGACGAUUAGGGCUGAGACGCGCGCGCGUGAGACAACAAUAACUAGUCUACUUAGUUAUCUGUUUUUGGUCCCGUGGAAGGGCUAUUAA